GGGAGGGGUUUACAGGUGUUAAUGGCGCGUCACGAGGGAGUCUGAAGCCCUGAAGAUAAAUAACAGACCCCGGAGAGGGACAGAGAGAGGCUGUUCUGGUCAUUUGGUGUGUGAUGGUGACACUGGGGAUGUUUUGAUGCAGUUUGGAUCCGUGUUGAGCAGCUCUGGGUGUUUUGCAAGCGCGCGGAAUUAUGAAUCACCUGUACAGGUUCUUGCUGUCUGCUGUGGUGGUUUGUCAGGCGGUUUCGUCUGAAUCAGGCUGCGAAGGAGCAGAAUGUGGGAAAGCUGGAGUUUCCGGAAAACCAAAACAACACGCGGAAUUCUUGAAUAAGUUCAAUGAAAUGAACACGCAAACGCCGCAACGUCAACACCACAACGCCGAGGCCGUGUUACCCUUCAUAGGACUGACCGGAGUUGCUAAACAAAGCCGUACUUGCUGUAAGAACGGUGGAACAUGUAUUUUGGGAAGCUUCUGCGCCUGUCCGAAGCACUUCACCGGCCGGAGCUGCGAAUACGACGAGCGCCUCAGGGAUUGUGGUGUUAUUCCACAUGGAGAAUGGGUUCAGAAAGGAUGCUCGUACUGCAGAUGUGGAUAUGGACUUCUGCACUGCUUCCCGCAUGUUUUCAGCAAAGACUGUGACGACUCUCAGGAAGUUCGGUGGUACAGUUCAAGCUCCCUCAGAACGUGGUCUUCUUCAAUCGUCAUGUCUGUUGCCUUUAUUUUACCCUUUCUACUGUGAGUUAGUUUUCUUAACUAGGUCUACAUCAAUGCUCUAGACUUAGAAAUAUAACACAGCAGAGAUGAUGUUUAUUUUCUCUGACAUUUAGGGCAGCAUUUAUUGGUGGCACUGAAAUGCGUUUUGCUUCCAGUGGAAGUGUAACUAGCUGUGUUAAAAGCAACUGUUUAGUGAAGGAACAUGUAUAUAGGAUUUAUAUUGAAAAUAUAUUGUGUGUGUGUGUGUGUCAGUGCGCAGCCGAGCCAAAAUGACUUGUCUGUUUCUAUGUCUCUGUAUGAAUUUGUUAUACAAGAGAACGCACUGGCUAAAAUGAAAGCUUUUCAUAUUCUGCAUCUGUUUUGCUUUUAAAAUAUACAUGUCAUCUGAACAAUGAGCUUGUUUUAAAGUCAAGUUCUCUCUGUUCAGAUGCUCUAGUCCUCAUUUGUGCUCAGCUUUCAUUUGCUCUGCUUGUCAGAGGAGAGAGAGGCAGAUAAUGCUCAGAUAGCCUAGCGUGAUUGUUGACCUUUCGGCUAUUUUCUCUUAUCUUAUAUAAACAAGUCAAUCUCAGUGACUCUCUUGACCUUCUCGAGUUGGCCAGCGAUGUACUGUAACACUCUGUAUGAUUGAGCGAAUGAAUUUGUCUCAUCUAAUUAAAACUCCCAUCAAUAACUGA